CUUUCGCCACUAGUCGCAGGUCACCUGGAAAACUCAGCUGUCAUCAAUGAGAGAUGGCAGCGAAUAAAUCCUACUCAAUAGUUGAAUAUUUCGGAGGGGACGAUGGAUACCGCUGCGGCUACUGCAAAAACCAAACGGGGAACUUUUCCCACGGGAUGUGGUCUCACGCCAUGACGGUACAAGACUAUCAGGACCUCAUAGAUCGAGGUUGGAGAAGAAGUGGGAAGUAUGUUUACAAGCCAAUAAUGAAUCAGACAUGCUGCCCACAGUAUACCAUCAGGUGCCAUGCGUUGAAGUUCCAGCCUACUAAAUCCCAUAAGAAAAUCUUAAAGAAGAUGAGCAAGUUCAUCUCUAGUGGAGAAUUGCCAAAGGGACAAGAUGAUGGGGAGCCGAUGGACUCGGUGUGUGAAGAUCCAGGCCUGCGGGAGCCGAAUAAAGUCCGUCACCCGGAGCUGAAGAGUGCUGCCAUCACAGACGUUCAGAAAGAAGUAGCAGAGCGUCCCGCCAUGACUGAAGUAGAAAAGGAUGUGGCAGACGCUUCAACGACGGGCUCGGAAACGUCCCGGACGGACGCGGUGACUGUCAUCGAAGGAAGAAUGGUUCCUCCUAAACCAGGGGUGGGAGCUGACCCCAGCCGGCCACCAUGCAGGAAAGCCAAAGACGUGAGGAAGGAGCGGCGUCUUCAGAAGGGACAGGCGAGACAACACGGCGAUGGCGUCUCCUCCACGGUCUCCCCUCCUCAGCCCGCUCCCACGCCCAACAACCAGGCCAAAAGCCUGGAAGAGUUCAUCAGCGAAUCAAUGCCUGACAACUCCUCUCAUUGCCUUGAGGUGAGGCUAGUGCCGGUGAACUUUGAGGACCCUCAGUUCGCGGCGUCGUACGACCAAUCAGCGGCGCUGUUUGCCCGCUACCAGAUGGCCGUUCACGGCGAUGACCCCAGCGAAUGUAAUGAGAGUCAGUUCCGGAGAUUUCUCUGUGAUUCACCACUGGAGGCUGAAAGUUCUCCAGAUGGGCCUGAGAUGGGCUACGGCUCCUUUCACCAGCAGUACUGGCUGGACGGACGCAUCGUGGCAGUGGGAGUGAUUGACAUUCUGCCUACCUGUGUGUCCUCCGUCUACCUGUACUACCAUCCAGACUUUGCCUCACUGUCUUUGGGGUCCUACUCUGCUCUCAGGGAGAUUGCUUUCACCAGGCAGCUGCAGAAACAGUCCCCAAAGCUGUCCUACUAUUACCUGGGCUUUUACAUCCACUCCUGUCCCAAGAUGCGCUAUAAGGGACAGUACCGGCCUUCAGACCUCCUGUGCCCGGAAACCUACGUCUGGGUACCUAUAGAGCGAUGCACACCAAAGCUGGACAACUCCCGGUAUGCUCGCCUCAACCAGGACGCCGAUGCAGGAGAUGCCCGGGUGCUGAAGGAUGUGGGCCGAGCGCUGGUGCUGUACAGACGGACCGUCAUGCCCUACGCGGCCUACUCACGCAAACGGAGGGGCUCCAGCGACGAGUCGGAGGUGCAGCAGUACGCCGGCCUGGUCGGCCAGGACUGUGCCGAGAGGAUCCUGCUGUACCGUUCCUAAACCCGACGCCUCUCACCAUUGUACUAUUUUUAAAAUACAGGUGAAUACACAUUACCCAGCGAUGUCUGUCAGUUGUGUUUAUAUGUGUUAUGUGUGUGUCUAUGAAAAGUGCUUUCUGCUGCCUCUUCCUUGUAGUUUCACCAUGCUGACCUCAACACAUGCUGGAAGGAUGCAGUAGCAAAUCACUAUUGACUGUAUGUCUGUAUGUCUGUAUGCACUCUCUCACCCGUCGGCCUCUUUCGCAUUUGUUUUAUGAGUUAAGAUGUAUGAUUGAUUGAAUCUCGCAGCACAGAACCAGUGCCCUCAAAAUUCUCAUACCAUACAUCCAUUGCUUUGAUUGCAAGGCACCAGUCUUAAACUUGUAGGCUUCAGCAGUGAUGCAAGAGUUUGUAGUUCUACACAGAUGAUGGCUCCUCUUUAAAAAGACACGGGUUUGAAGUUUCUCUGCAUUUCCACUUGAAAAGCAUGCUCUUUUCUGAAUAUCCACACAUUUUAAAGCAUCUUUAUUUCUUCAUAUCCAAAGCUUGAAUUGGACCCAUGCUACACUACGACAUUGUGAAGAUCUAUUUGGUUGAGUUUUUUGUGGAGAGAAGAAACCACUUUUUUUUUCCAAUGUUUUUGUUUGAUGUAUUUAUAGUCUGUGUUUUUCUUUCAUUAUUGAUUCUGUUAUAUAUAUUUUUUUUGGUUUGACCAAAUAAAGAGGUUGUAUAGUCUCA